UGUAUGCGGUGAGAAAAGUGUGGGACGUGUUUUACGUGAGCAACUCGUGUAAUUUUUUAUAAAUCCGUUUUUUCGUCUACGACCGAAAUUCUUACUUAUUAUUGAGAGUGAGGUAAUUAUCUAUCUCUAUUUCUUAUGUGAGGGCAAAAGAAAAUUUUGAUGUUGAGAGAAAGCUGUCGUCGCCAUGUUGUUCCAUAUGACCACAUUUCAUCAAUUUGCUACUUGCCUAUAACCCCUAAACCAUUACAAUGGAGGAGAACUCUGCAGAUAGGAAUGUUGAGAUCUGGAAGAUCAAAAAACUUAUUAAAAGCUUGGAACUUGCAAGGGGAAAUGGCACAAGCAUGAUUUCUCUGAUCAUCCCACCUAAAGAUCAGAUUGCCAGAAUCAGCAAGAUGUUGGCUGAUGAAUUCGGUACUGCCUCCAACAUUAAAUCUCGAGUAAACAGGCUAUCUGUCCUGGGUGCCAUCACAUCUGUACAGCAGAGAUUAAAACUAUACGCCAAAGUCCCGCCUAACGGAUUGGUUAUAUAUUGUGGAACCAUUGUCACAGAAGAAGGUAAAGAAAAAAAAGUGAACAUUGAUUUUGAGCCUUUUAAGCCCAUCAACACAUCACUGUACUUGUGUGACAACAAGUUUCAUACAGAAGCCUUGACUGCAUUAUUAGCUGAUGACAACAAGUUUGGAUUUAUCAUCAUGGAUGGUAAUGGAGCGCUGUUUGGAACUCUUCAAGGAAACACGAGAGAAGUUUUACAUAAAUUUACUGUCGAGCUACCCAAGAAGCACGGGCGUGGUGGUCAAUCUGCUUUGCGUUUCGCCCGGUUGCGUAUGGAAAAGCGGCACAAUUAUGUUCGUAAAGUGGCCGAAGUAGCGACCCAAAUGUUCAUAUCCAAUGAUAAGGUGACAGCAGCUGGCCUCAUCCUGGCAGGAAGUGCUGACUUCAAAACGGAGCUGUCUCAGUCAGACAUGUUCGAUCCGAGAUUGCAAGUCAAAAUCAUUAAAAUGGUUGACAUUUCCUACGGUGGUGAGAACGGCUUCAACCAAGCAAUCGAACUCGCCGCAGAAAGUCUUGCCAAUGUGAAGUUUAUCCAAGAAAAAAAACUUAUUGGUCGUUACUUUGAUGAAAUCAGCCAAGACACAGGCAAAUAUUGCUUCGGUGUCGACGACACACUGAAGGCGUUAGAACUUGGGGCUGUGGAAAUUCUCAUUUGUUGGGAGAAUUUGGACAUUAUGCGUUACAUGCUCAAGAUUCCCGGCACGGAAGCAACCAAAGUUUUGCAUUUAACGCCAGAACAGCAGAAAGACAACACGCAUUUCACGGACAAAGAGAGUGGUACGGAAAUGGAAUUAAUUGAAAGUCAACCGUUACUGGAGUGGCUGGCAAACAACUACAAGUCUUUUGGUGCGACACUCGAAAUUAUCACCGACAAAUCCCAAGAAGGUUCCCAGUUUGUCCGAGGGUUUGGCGGUAUAGGAGGCAUUUUACGUUAUAAAGUGGAUAUGCAAAGUUUACAAGGCGAUGGCCCGCUGGACGAUCAAGUCUAUGAUUUGGACGAUUAUUGAAACACCUAGAACUAUCAUCAACGGUUUCGGACCAUUUAUCACGCAUCCAACGGAUGAAAGAUUUUUUUUUUUUCCUUUUUCCCCUGCGAAUGACACCAUCAGUCGAUUGCGUUCUGCUGUUUUUUCUUUUUAACGUGAACGCUGCAACGAACUUUUUUUGUCUUGUUCAAACGGAGCGAGAAAAAUGGCGAAGAAAUCAUCAAGCGUGCUUCAA